AUGUGCAUUCCUUGCUCCAUUGCAGAUGAGGAGGCGAGCGAGGAGGCCGUGGCCGAGGGCGGAGUGAAGCGAGAGGUGCUGUAUCGGCGGGCGGGCGAACCCUUCACUCGCUCUGUGGGCGUGACCACUGGGGGCAGCCACCCUCGCCACCAUCACCAGCAACAAAACGCCCACGCUGGUGUGGCCCCUGUGUCGCCGCCGCCCACACCUCGCACCGCCCUUCCAGUGUGUCGUGGGCGGGGUGUGAGGACUUCGCUAGGCAUCGUCGGCAUCAGUGUGGGCGGAGGGCAGCAACAGCAUCAUCCACACCAUCUUCAGCAUCACCAGCAGACGCAGCAGCAACCGCAGCAGCCGCAGCCACAGCAGCAGCAGCAGCAUCCCCAGCAUCCCCACCAAAACCAGCACCAGCACCAGCAGACGUCCCCGCGGGCGUCGCUUUCGUACCCUGGUUCCCCGGCCGCGUCCCCGCCCCAUGCCGUCACCCCCCGCACCAGUGCCGCCUCGCCCCUCGGCCUGGUGAGUGCUUUCCGUCAGGAUUCCUCAUCGCCGCCCACGUCCACCACCUCCUCCUCCGACGCCGGCGUGGCUCCACGGCCUCACAACGACGCCCUCCAUCCCCACCUGACCAACGGCGUGAGUCGGCCCAACGGCCUCGCCAAAUCCCUUUCGCUCUCCCCGCCCUCACACAGCACCUUCCAGCAUCACGGCCUAUACGCCGCCGAGGAAAACCUCUAUAAGGACGACAAGAAACGCUCAGGGAGCACCCCAUCCCGCGAGGUGCACAAUAAACUGGAGAAGAAUAGGCGCGCUCAUCUCAAGGAAUGCUUCGAGACCCUGCGACGCCAGUUGCCCUCCAUGGAUGAUAAAAAGAUCUCUAACCAGACCAUACUGAAGGCCGCUCACCGAUACAUCCAGAAUCUGAAAAGAAAGGAGCGGGAGUAUGAGCAUGAGAUGGAGCGUCUUGCGCGGGAGAAGAUUGCUCAUCAACAGAACCUGGCGACUCUGAAGAAAGAGUUGUCAGCUCGCUGGGACCAUAUUGAUUUCAGUACCCUCCUGCCUGAUGCAGCGUCCCUUGACCAGCACCGCGAUAAGGAGACCAAGUCCACAACCACUGCAUCCGAGCAGCCAGACCUGGAUGAAGAGGCUGCAAGGGAUGCAGGCACACAGGCCUCUCCGAGCACCUCCAGUGACCCUCCCUCCUCGUUAUCCCCACGUCUGCACAUUAACCAAUCUCAGGGGGCUCCAAGCUUUACAACCAUUGAAACCACAAAUAUAAAUGGCCUCGGUGCUGCUGGUCCCAGAGAUAACUUUGCAGAUCCUAAUCAGCCAUUGAACCUAUCGACCAGCAUGGUUGAUUCAGCCAGAGCCUCUCCUCGGAACCAGCAGGCGGUAAAUCAGGCAAGGUCUCCACUCCACAAUGGCGAGUGGGGUGCCCGCCAGGCAUCUCCGCAUUAUGGCCAAGCUCAUUAUGAUGCCACCACCAGUACCCAGGAGGAGGUGUGGGUGACACAUGCUGUUACAACUAUGACACCUACAGUCACACGAGAUACCGUCACCACCGCACAUAGUGAACACCUUCCCAUCAUAGGCAACACUGGGAUCCACCUGCCAGCACAGCUGGUUGCUGGUGGAAUGCAGCUGAAUGGUGCUCCAGGGGGACUACUAGGGCAGACAGCCAUCCAGGUCAUCACGCCAGAAGGCUACAAAUUGUUACCUGCUGACCACGCGCCCAAUGGCUCUAAACCCCUCACUAUCACUAUCACUCUGGCGCACCCUGCCGAAGGCCUGGAUAGGACAGAUAAUGCAGAGGAGGUCAAAACAAGUGCAGGCCCCAUGAUGGUGGCCCUGAACAAGAAUGGCGUGUCUGCUCUACACCUGGCUGUCCCCACAACAGCCCGGUCACUCAAUCAGUCACAGGGCACUAAUGGAACAGUAACAACAGUGCCACUGAAUCUGAGUGUCGGAGGGACAGCAACGGUGAAGGUUAGCCAGGCAGCCACAUCCUCCCUCAUACCAUCUUAUCUCCCAAUUACCCAUGCCAAUGGUAUCACGCAGUUGGUGUCUGGUCUCAGUAGCAACAUGGGAACACUGGUGCCUGGGAUAGGUACACCUCUAGUUGCACCACUGGUUGUCUCACAGCCUCAGCGUGCUGUGGUACCAUGCAAUGUCACAACUGUUGGAACCAAGGGCUUAAAAGCAACUGCAGUAGGAGGAAAUGCAACAAGUGUUCCACUGGUACCAGCACAGUAUGCCACCUCUUUGACAGGAGGUGCCCUGGGCGGAUUAGUGAAGCCUGUUGUAGUUGUGUCUGCACCAGCGGCAGUAGCAGGAAUGAUGGCUGGAGCUCACACUGUAGCCUCCGGCAAGCCCUGAUGUGCACCAAGUGGAGACAAUCCCAGGAGAGUACAAGCCAUACCUCAGCUGUGGGCCACACGCGAGGCAGCCAGUCUCUACUCUAGCUCACAUUCACACCCACUCAUUGUUCAUCAUCAUUAAUUGUUAUCAUGAGAAACUAGUACAUAUUUUCAUGUUUAUUUUUAUGUGAGAUCUAACUUGUCAUUGUGGCAAGUUUCUCUGUGUACAUUUUCAUUACCAGUGAUGUCUAAGAUCAUAAGGAUAUCUGAACUAGUUAUUCUUAAUUUUAAAAAAUUUUAUUAGGAAAUUAUUUUAUAAGGUGGCCAGCCUAGAAUCUAGGUUGGACCAGGAAUUGUGUGGUAUUGAAGGUGACUUAAGGCCAGAACUGAUUCCCAGAUCUGGCCAGGCCACCAAACUGUGAUAGUGGUUCAUCUAGAGACCCUUUUUCUUUGAGGGUUUCUAGAUAGGACUCCAUUAUGCUAGUGUACGCUCACUGCUCAACAUGGCACGAGCUGCCAUAUAUGUGUUGCGAUCACUGGUGUAUAUAGCAUCACCCACCUGGUUGUUGGUGUUAUUGUUAUCUACCCUUGUUGUACUAUCUUGAAUAUGUAAUGUGUAUGUAUGCCUUUUUGACCAAAUGAUCCUUUCAAAGGUGACUAAAUGUUACUGUGGCUCCCCCUGUUGCUCUGCAUACAAAGUAUUGUAGAGUGUUUUGAUUGCUGACAGUGAUGACACCCCACUCAGGGUGACGCCGUUUCCCCCUUCCUCAGACCUGCCGCCCACCUUACACCAAAUGCCCCAAGUGUACAAAUUCAUCUGGUAUUCAGUUGUUACAUAAGAGUGUAUUGGCUGCAACAUACUGUACCAUGUGUUUUGUGUCACUGGGCGGCAGUCCUGUGCCAGAUCUCAGGGUUGACGGGGGUCUUGGCCCCUGCUCACCUCAGUGCAAACAAGCCAUACCCAAACCCUCUUAAUUGAUAGUAAAAUGUUUCAAAUGUC